AUGGCCAUUUUCUGGCCAACCUCCCUCUGCAACGGCCAAACCAAAUGCAGGUACAACACUCCUCCCGAUCGAUUCACCAUCCACGGCCCCUGGGCCCUUUACCGAGACCCUCCCGGCCCCGACCACAUCGACUGGAACACUUUCCCAGAAGAAACCAAAACAAAGAUGGAGCAAGACUGGCUUAGCUACAGCACCAGAACAAAUCAACAAUUCUGGGAUCACGAGUGGGAAACCCACGGCAAGUUCUCCGGCCUGCAACCGCCCGCCCACUUCGACUUAGGACUCUCCCUCUUCUCCAAAGUGAAUCUGGGAAAAGUGCUGAAGGACGCGGGAAAGUACCCGGAAGGCCAGACCGUCGACAAGGAAGAUUUUAACGGAAUCGUUUCGAAACUGGCGGGCGGGAAGAAAGUGAUACUGCUGUGCAACAAGGACAAGGAGGGCGUGGUGCAGCUCUUCGAGGUCGAUGUCUGCGUGGAUCAUGCCACCGCCGAGCAUGACUACGCGGACUGCCCGCCGCUAGACCCCGGUUCCAAGAGCCUGUGCCCCGACAGCUUUCGAUUGACCAAAGCGGCCGCUACCAGCUCCGGCAACGGUGUUAUUGAGUCUGAAAUCACUGACGAGUUGGCCGUCGGCCGUGAGGAAUUGUGA